CUACACACAUCUCCCUGACGCGUCCACGGCGCACACGGUGCUGUCGGAGAGAGGAGCGCAGGCUGCACGGAGCCGCAACCACAGACGGAACCGGGCUGGAGCAGAGGGACGGAGCUACGGGAGGUCAUGACAUGAGAGCAGGAGAGCCAGAGCGCACCACCUGAACGCAUUUUUUGUCUUAUUUUGUGACAUUUGUGCCGCAUCCAAACACAGGUUCUGACACUCGGACUUGUGUUGAGAGCGCUUUCCACUGGACUUGGUGUUUGCUACUAUCACCCUCGUGUGCGCAAAGACGCGGAGGCAGCUGAGGGAGAUCCACGGGUGUGUUUUCGUCGGACCUUGGCGCACUCCGGAGCGCACAGAUCCCGGACUGUAAUGAUCCUGGAGUUAGUUUGUUCUGUAUUUUUUUUCCUUGGAUGAAGCGCAGACUUUAAAGGCAAAGGGCUGCGCAAACACCAAUCCCUGAAUUUAUCCAACGAUAUGUACUUGGCAGACAGUUUUUAUCGCUGAUGGUAUUGAACACUGUGGGAUUAUUACUGAAUUGCUUUAGUUUCGACCCCAUUUUUGCCCCUAAGGGGUGUGGGUUUUUUUGGGAGUAACAACCUGAUCCAUAUCCUACGAGGUGGGAACGUUUGAAACUUCGAGCUUUCCACGAGUUCCCGCAUCAUCCAAGAUGGAUUUUGUGUCAUCGUUGAUUGGAUUUUUAAUGGCAAUGUGUCAUCUGGCAUUGAGAGUCAGAGGAGAAGAAGCAUCAGAAUGCGGCGGCGUCCUCGAUGCCAGCGAGGCGGGUUACAUCACCUCGCCCGGUUACCCUCUGGAGUACCCCCCUCACCAGAACUGUCACUGGAUCAUCACAGCACCAGAAUCCUCUCAGCGCAUCGUCCUCAACUUCAACCCGCACUUUGAGAUCGAGAGGCUGGACUGCAAGUAUGACUUCAUCGAAAUCCGCGACGGGACUUCAGAUAACGCAGAUGUUCUGGGCCGACACUGCAGCAACAUCGCCCCGGCACCAAUCAUCUCAUCUGGACCCUCCCUUCAGAUCAGAUUUGUCUCAGAUUAUGCCCAUCAAGGAGCGGGCUUCUCUCUGCGCUACGAGAUCUUCAAAACAGGGUCGGAGUUCUGCUUCCGCAAUUUCACCAGCCCCUCCGGCAUGAUCGAAUCACCGGGAUUCCCAGAUAAAUACCCUCAUAACCUGGAGUGCUCCUACAUGAUCAUCGCCCCGCCCCACAUGGACAUCACCCUCACGUUUUUGACCUUUGACCUUGAGAACGACCCCCUGCUGGUCGGAGAGGGCGACUGCAAGUACGACUGGCUGGAUGUGUGGGACGGCCUGCCACAAGUGGCUCCUCUGAUUGGCCGGUAUUGUGGGACAAAGAUCCCUCCGGAGAUCCAGUCGUCUUCCGGCCUGCUGUCCCUGUCUUUCCACACCGACAUGGCCGUGGCCAAAGACGGUUUCUCCGCCCGCUACAACAUGACGCACAAAGAAGUCAGCGACUCGUUCCACUGUAGCAUGGCGCUCGGCAUGGAGUCUGGGAAGAUCAGCGACGAUCAGAUCACCGCCUCUACGACCUUUUACGACAACCGCUGGUUACCGCGCCAGGCUCGCCUUAACAACGAUGAUAAUGCAUGGACCCCGUCAGAGGACAGCAACAAGGAGUAUAUCCAGGUUGACCUCCACUUCCUGAAGGUUUUGACAGGCAUCGCCACACAGGGGGCCGUUUCGAAAGAGACGCAGAAGUCCUAUUUCGUCACAACCUUCAAACUGGAGGUCAGCACCAAUGGGGAGGACUGGAUGGUCUACCGGCACGGCAAGAACCACAAGAUUUUCCACGCCAACACAGAUCCAGCUGAGGUGGUCCUGAACCGGGUCCCCCAGCCCGUUUUGGCUCGGUUCGUUCGGAUUCGACCGCAGACGUGGAAGAACGGCAUCGCUCUUCGCUUUGAGCUCUACGGAUGCCAGAUUACAGAUGCUCCAUGUUCAGACCUGCAGGGCCUGCUGUCCGGCCUGCUUCCCGAUGCCCAGAUCUCAGCCUCCUCCAGCAGGGACAUGGUGUGGAGUCCAGGGAGCGCCCGUCUGGUGGCUAGUCGCUCCGGCUGGUUUCCUGCGUCUGUACAGCCCCUAGCUGGAGAGGAGUGGCUUCAGGUGGAUCUCGGUGUGCCCAAGACUGUGCGAGGAGUGAUCACUCAGGGAGCGAGGGGAACAGAUGCAGAAAGCGGAACUACAGCCGACAACCGGGCAUUUGUUAGGAAGUACAAAGUGGCGUACAGCCUGACUGGAAAAGACUGGAGUUUCAUUAUUGACAGCAAGACUAGCUUGCCCAAGAUUUUCGAGGGAAACAUGCACUACGACACCCCUGAGCUGCGUCAUUUUGAUGAGAUUGUGGCCCAGUACGUCAGGCUGUAUCCAGAGAGGUGGUCUCCAGCAGGGAUCGGCAUGAGAGUGGAGAUACUUGGCUGUGACCUUCCAGAAAUCAGCACGCCUGCAGACACCGUUACGCCAACUCUGCCUCCUGCCACCGAAACAACCACUCCCCCCGUUACGACUACAGUAGCCAUGUCUCCUCCAUCAGACGGCGUGUGUGACUUUGACCAUGGCCUGUGUGGGUGGACCCAUGACCCCAGCGCCCCUCUCCUCUGGUCCCUGCACAGCCACGAGCUCAACAGUUACUUGUACAUCGAUGCCAGCUUAAAGACGGAGAAGCAGAAAGCCCGACUUAUAAGCCCAGUAGUGGUGGCCGACAGCGGACCCCUCUGCCUCCUCUUCUCCUACCAGAUGUGGGGGGAAGCCGAGGGUCACCUGAAGGUUCUUCUACGAGACGCUCACCAUGAGGAAACCCUCCUGUGGACGCUGAAAGAUGAUCAGGGCCCUGUGUGGAAGGAGGGCCGCACCAUUCUGCCUCGCUCUCCUAAAGACUUCCAGGUUGUGAUGGAGGGUUUCUUUGAGCAUGGCACCAGAGGACACAUCUGGAUCGACAACAUCCACAUGAGCUUGAGCAAGCCUCUGGAGGAGUGUACACAACCCAUAGCAGCAAUUUCUCCAGAAAUGACAGGGGGAGGCGUUCCAGUGCCUCCCUUGCCCAUCCACUGGUAUUACAUUAUGGCCGCUGGGGGCGCCCUCCUUCUCCUGGCAGUGGCCAUCUUGGUCAGAGCCCUCUGUUGCUGCCGACAACACCUGGCCACCAAGAAGAGCCAGCUGUCAGUGGCCUAUCACAGCUCCUCGCAGUGCUUCCAGUAUUCUAACUGGUCCUCAAGUAUGGCCGCCCCAGGGGUGGAGCCAGUCCUGACAGUGAGGUUGGACAGCCGGGACCGACACCGUACCCUCUGCUGAGAAGAAGCUCUUAGAUGGGUUGGGUGUGGCAGAGCAGGACGCCAACUUGUGACGUCAGUGGCAGGAUGUGUACGAGACUGACAGAGCAGCCACUUGAUGAACCCCUCCCUCAUUUAGUUUACAGUCGAAAAGGGUGAUGAUGACACGGACAUUGUCCCAAACUGCCAAGUGAAAAUUUGCAACACUGUGCUCUUUGUCUCUAAAAUGGCUGUAGCUUCGGUUGCUGUUUUCUCCUUUGUUCCAUGAAGGAGUUCACUGUUGACAUUUCCCACUAUGCUGCUCCCGAUGAGAGGACUGAAGUCUGAGUAAGUUAUUUAUCUGAACAGUUUGUUUCGGACCAUUGAGUGCCGUCUGGCUCCUCAUAACCCCAGCGGUCCUCCUGGAAUGACCCCAGCAUGGACGUACUCACAGACAUGUGUGGGCUGGAAAGAGAGAUGGAGGGGGUUAAGGGGUCGAGAUGGUUCUGCUCUCAGAGCCAGCCAGAGCUGCCAAACCACAGGCUAAAACAAGACCCCAGAGACACGAGGAGCUCUGCAGUACUGAGGGGAGGAAAACUGUUAGGCUGAGAGGCAUCCAGUGUGUGAACCGUGGAAAUGAUCUGGCCAGCUCCAGAAAAUAAAGUUCUCGGUUACCUGAAAUAACAACACAAUAGCUUUGAUAUGAAAUGGGUCUGUGUUGAGGCUGUAACUGAGGAGAAAAAAAAGUCCUUUCACUGUCCUUUUCAGACAGAGCAUGUGCACAUUUAAAAACAAAGGAAUGCAUAUCCAUCACACUUAAAAUCCUGCACCACAAAUGGAGAUAACCAGCUCAUUUGAUUGAACGUCUUGUCUUCUCCUGAUAAAGGCAUCAGUCAGUGAUGGAUGCAGCCGUCUUCAGUGUUUAGUGUUUCAUCUUGAUUCUCUGGCGUAAUAAUAAAGCACGUUUCUCCACUCCCAUUUAUGCUUCAUACCACCCACUUCCAUUGUUUCCCGUGUCUUUGAGCUGCCCAGAUGAAAGCCACGUGGAGCCAAGCCUUUGUUGUGUUUUCAGUGUGAAUAUGUGCUUGUUGUUUUUAGGGUUGUAAAUAGAUACAGCUGUCUGCCAUCACCAAUUUGUCUGUGAUUUAUAAUCCUACAAAUCCCACAAUGCCUCUGGACCAGCUGGAAGCCAUAAGUGCAGAGUUAUGCUCUAUAUGUGCACACUUGAGACUGAUCCAAGACAUUAUGAAAACCAGAGCACUAUCAUGAUUCUUUCUUUGUCACAGUGAAGAUGCCAUGAAUGACUUGGAGCAUUAAAUAAGAUGUAGAGAAUGCAUUUCAUGUUAAUAUUUAACAUAUCUGGGAUCUAAACGGCUGAUUCAUUGGGAAAUUCCUGACUAACUCCAACUGAGACAGACCAAUUGGCACCAAUUUGUCUCUCAUCAGUCAGUACUGAGGUGGCGCAAUUUGACACGAGCUCAGUUUAACACCCUGGAUUGAAUGAAAUUGAGGUCUUCACUCUGUGACUUAACGGGGCAUAGUUUUGUGAUCUGUCACACUCGCAAAAAUCCAUCACCUGCUGGCCCAUAGCUCAGCAGAAUGCGCCUCAAUUUGUUGCAAUUUAGAAGCUCCACUUUCUUUCCACUGUAAAAAAAAAAAAAAAAAAUAGAUGAAGGAGGUUUUUUGGCAUGCUCUCGCUAUGUGCUUUUAAAUCAACUUGAGGAGGAGGGAUUGGACACCCUUCCCGGUCCAUCUCGACACCGUUAACGCUCCAAGCCUCUAAUAGUUGUAAUUAGUUAAUGGACAGAUAACAUUUAUUAAGGCUGCGGUAAGCACUUUUCCCUCCCAUCUACUGCACCUCCAUUGCCCAAUCUCCUGCCAACUUCCGUUGCCCUGGAAACAGUAUUAAUAAUGCCAUUGGCCAUCAAAGACCUCCAGAUCUAGACGUGUGCCUUGCCAAGCAGUUUUUCCACUCCUGAACACUAGCCAAUAUCAGCGAGCGCAGACACACACUCACGUAUAUAGACACGAAUGUGCACUCACACAUACACACUCAUACACAAAAAGUGAAAAGAAAACUCCUCUAAAGUAUAAGUACACUUGAGCUUUUGGGCUUGACUAAAGUGCUGCAGCCAUUGCUAGUUUUACCACCCUUGUAAUCUUCCAAUUCAGACUCUCACAUACAUAUCAAUUUUCAGUUCACAUCGCCUGGCAGUGGCGUGGGUUUCAGUGAAGAGCUACUGUACGAGCACUACUUAAAUGUCGCCAUUAGGUUGUUUCUUUUUUUUUUUGCCUUUUGAGUAUCUGAUACACCACUCUUAAACAUGACAGUGAUGGUGAUUUUAAUGGUGAUAAUGAUUGGUAAUUUUAAUGAUUUAUUUAAAUGUCUGCAUCCUUAUUCAUGUGGAAUGAACAGUCUUAUUCCAUUAGUAUGCUAUGUGAUGACUGUGUGUUUGACAAGAAUGUAUCACAUUGACCUUUCUCUAUUAAUAAAGUCAUAUUUUUCUAUUAUUCCAUGACUUGUGUGUGGGUGUAUACCAAAGCUAAUACUAAGACUUGUAGUAUUACCAAUACAAAGGGUUAUGUAUCAUAGCAGGUUUUUUAUUUAAUAUAUGUGUGGGAAUUAGAAAAGCAGUACAAGCUGAUAAUUAUUAGCAUUGCAAAUUUCCAAUAAAGCAGCCAAAUUUUCAGUUAAACAUAAUGCUAAGUGUUCUAUAUGUGCUGGCCCUGCGAUGCAAAGCUACAAAUAAAGGCUUUUUUAUUUACUUCUUGUAUUAUUUAGCUAUAACAAG